AUGGCGGCGGAAUCUGAAAAAGAGAUUGGCGAAAUCGACUUGUGGCGCAGCGAGCAUGGGGAAGAUUACGCUGAGGGUAUCAGGCCGAUAUUCGAUAUCAAGAAGCAGCGGUUCUACGACUCCUUUUGGAACUGGUCCUCCCGCGACAUUGCUCUACUGUUCGAUCUUGCCAAGCACCCCAGCUCGCAGAAUGCUGGGUUAAUCGAAGAACUUUCAACUUCUAUCAUCAAUCGAUCUUGCGAGCGCUCUAUCGCUCAGAUCCAGUAUCUUUGCUCUAAGACCAUGGGCGAGAAGACGAACCUGGGCCGGAUCAUGAGGCUUUGUCUGCAAGCAAGCAUAUCCUCGAAGACUCGGGAUCCGGUAUUCAUUGAUGGGUCAAUCGACCUGGCGCCAUCAACAAGUAUUGACAAAGAGGGUAACAUCAAGUUUGCCGAAGUACCUCGAACGGCCCCUUUCAAGGCUCGCAAGUCUUCCAUGCCGCAAAUGCCAUAUCCCGUGGGCACCUAUGAUCAUGGCAUCUUAACUAUGUCCGAUAGGCUCAGCUUUGCAUACGCAGAAGACUUGGAUACAGGGCGUCAUUCUGGAUUCACAUUUCGGGGUAGAAAUGUACUGUUGACAGGUGCUGGUCGGAACUCCAUUGGCUUCGGGCUUCUGAAGUACCUGCUACAGGGCGGUGGAAGGGUCACGGUGACCACCAGCAACUACUCCUCAGAAGUCACGCAAAUGUACCAGAGCCUUUAUUCUCGACAUGGAGCCAAGGGGUCUGCUUUGAGGGUUCUUCCAUUCAACCAAGGUAGUCAACGAGACAUCCAGGAACUUGCGAAGAACCUGGUAGAUGACUGGGACCCUGAUUUCCUUAUUCCAUUUGCGGCAACAUCUGAGAACGGCCGAGAGCUUGAAGAGUUGGAUUCGAAGUCGGAGAUUGCCCACCGGCUGAUGCUCACCAAUCUCCUCAGGUUGCUUGGUGCCAUUUCCAAGAACAAGCGUUCCAGGGGAAUCAUUACCAGACCUGCCACAGUCGUACUCCCCCUGUCUCCCAAUCACGGACUCAUGGGUAACGAUGGUCUUUAUGCAGAGUCCAAGAGGGGCUUGGAAUCUCUACUCUCGAAAUGGAAGUCUGAAACCUGGCGGGACUAUCUCUCUAUGCUGGGGGUUGUCAUUGGCUGGACUCGAGGAACAGGCCUCAUGGACGACAAUGAUAUUGUUGCUCAGGGAGUCGAGGGUAUGGGAGUUCGAACAUUCUCCAAAUACCAGAUGGCUGCAUUCAUUGCGUCCCUCUUGGGUGGCAGAAUGAACGUUGCUUGCCAGUCUAUCCCAAUUGUCGUCGAUCUCAGCGGCGGAAUGGGCAAGGUCAUGGAACUGAAGGAUAAGCUUACGAGGAUUCGCCAAGAUCUUCGCGCCGAGGCAGACAUUCAACGAGCUAUCAUGGAGGAGCAGCAGAGAGAAGCAGCAAUUACUGGUCGAAAAACGUCGUUCCAUACUCCCCAAGCUUUGCCGCGGAGAGCGAAUCUACGUCUUCAGUUACCUCGACUAACUGAGUGGGACGGGGAACUGGCAUCUCUCGCAGAAGGCUUGGAGGGUAUGGUCGAUCUGAGCCGAGUAGUUGUCGUUACAGGUUUCUCAGAACUUGGACCUUAUGGCAGCAGUAGGACGCGAUGGGAGAUGGAGGCCGAGGGUUCUCUGUCACUUGAAGGAUGCAUUGAGAUGGCAUGGAUGAUGGGUCUCAUCAAAUACAGCAAGGAUGUUCUGAAAGACGGCCUCCCGUGGACUGGCUGGAUAGACGCAAAGACCUCGGCUCCGGUGGAGGAGAGUGAGAUCUUCUCACGAUACAUGGGAUCCAUCCUCGAGCAUUCCGGCAUACGUAAGAUUGAGCCAGACAAUUGCGAUAACAACUACGACCCGGAAAAGAAGACGACAGUCCAGGAAAUGGAACUCACCCAGGACCUACCCCCAUUCGAGGCAUCUUCUGACGUCGCACGGUACUUUCAACUUCAACACGGUGACAAGGCCGUAAUCAGCAAGAUGGAGUCUGGGCUUGUCAUGGUCCAGCUCAAGGCCGGCGCAAAAGUUCUCCUCCCUAGAGCAAGCCCAUUCAAUCGCACUGUGGCUGGGCAGAUUCCCACUGGAUGGUCGGCAAAGCGAUACGGCAUCGAUGACGAGAUCAUUGAGCAAGUUGACCCCGUGACACUGUUCACGUUGGUUUGCACUGUCGAAGCACUCUUGGCGUCAGGGAUUGUCGACCCGUACGAAUUGUACAAGCACAUCCAUCUCUCUGAAGUUGGCAAUUGUAUUGGUUCAAGCAUGGGUGGGCUUUCGUCAUUGAGACAGAUGCACCGCGAUCGGUUCCUCGAUAAAACAGUUCAGGGAGAUAUCCUUCAGGAAACCUUCAUCAACACAACGGGGGCAUGGAUCAACAUGCUUCUGAUGUCUUCAACUGGACCAAUUAAAACACCUGUCGGUGCCUGUGCUACGUCGCUGGAGUCACUUGAUACCGGAUACGACCUCAUUGUCGCUGGCAAAGCCAAGGUCUGCAUUGUUGGUGGCGUCGAGGACUUUGUCGAAGACGUAUCCUACGAGUUCGGCAGCAUGAAUGCUACCUGUGACACCGACAAGGAAUUUGCCGCUGGAAGGAGUCCAGCUGAGAUGUCCCGACCUACAACAUCAACCAGAAGUGGAUUUGUCGAGUCUCAAGGUUGUGGAAUUCAGAUCCUUACGACUGCCGAGCUUGCCCUGGAGAUGGGUCUUCCCAUAUUUGGGGUGGUAGCCUUUACCAGUAUGGCCGCCGAUAAAGUCGGCCGCUCUGUUCCAGCACCCGGUGGAGGCGUUUUAACAAAUGCCCGAGAAGCAAGCUCAGGGAGAAGAUAUGCCACGCCACAUCCCCUGCUUGAUAUAGGAUACCGUCGAAGGCUACUCAAUAUGCGAGUUCAGCAAGUCAACGACAACUACCAGACGAAUCUGGACCUCAUGGAACAUGAAAUUCACUACAUCAAAGAGAUGGGAACCGACGGCUUUGACGAGGAGCGCUAUCGACAGGACAACAUGGCUGCUUUUGAAGAGGACGCAAAGAAGCAAGAGGCGGACUUGAGAUUCAGUCUGGGGAAUCAGUUCUGGAAGAACGAGCAGCACAUCGCACCGAUCCGAGGCAGCCUCGCAACCUGGGGCCUCGGGAUCGAUGAUUUGGCGGUCGCGUCGAUGCACUUGACCUCAACCGUGAAGAAUGACACCAACGAGUCGUCAGUCCUGCAGAAACAGAUGGAAUUUCUGGGGAGACAACAGGGAAACCUUCUUCCUUGCGUAGGCCAGAAAUGGCUUACUGGCCACUCCAAAGGAGCUGCCGGUGCCUGGAUGGUGAACGGUGCCCUGCAGAUGAUGGACUCUGGUUUGAUCCCAGGUAAUCGGAAUGCCGAUAACAUCGACACCGACCUCCGACAGUACAAUCUUCUUCAUUUCCCAAACAUGACCACCCGGGCUGAAGAGAUCAAUGCUUGCUCCAUUACCUCCUUCGGGUUUGGACAGAAGGGUUCGCAAGCCAUUCUGGUUCAUCCAAAGUUUCUCUUUGCGACCACAAACAAGCAGUCUUAUGAGGACUACGCUGAAAGGAGGAAUGAUAGAUGGAGAAAGGCAAACAGCUUUUUCAGCCGCGGGAUACUUCACGAGAAACUUGUCAACACCAAGACUUUGCCGCCUUACCAGGCGACGCAGGAGUCUGCAGCACUGCUCAACCCGGCAGCUCGUUUCUCUGAGCAACGCUAUUAA